AUGGUCCCUCGUAAUGUGGUCAGGAAGCCCUGGGCGCUGGAGAGCAAUAAACCAAUCAAUGCUGAUUGGAGUGCAUGGCGCAUGGAAAUGUACAAAGGGCCCAGUGAUCGUUCCACAGCUCUGCCAGUGUGUGGGGUUGUAUCCAGGAGAGAAGCCAGUCCCCUGAACAGACUAUCACCAGGGCCAUGGCUCCCCUGGCUCCCAGCCUCCCUGUACCCUAAUGCCUCCGCCAACAAGACCCAGGCCAGUGUUGUCAGUGGAGGUGGGCUGGAUCUGACCCGUUCCCUGGCUCUGUGUGCCAUGCUCAUCAUGGACGUGCUGGCGGUGGUGGGGAACUUAGCUGUCAUGGCUGUCAUAACCAAGACGCCGCAGCUGCGCAAGUUUGCCUUUGUGUUUCACCUGUGUCUGGUGGACCUGCUAGCAGCUCUGGUGCUUAUGCCUCUUGGGAUGCUGUCAGACCGUGUGCUGUCGGACGAGGCCCUCUGCCGGAGCUACCUAUGCUUGAGUGUGUGUCUCGUGAGUGCGGCCAUCCUCACCAUCUCUGCUAUCAACGUGGAGCGCUACUACUAUAUAAUCCAUCCUAUGCGCCACGAGGUGAAGAUGACUAUGGGGGUGGUUGUCAUGGUGCUGGUGGGGAUCUGGAUCAAGGCUGUCAUUAUGUCGGCCCUACCUCUCCUUGGUUGGCUCCUGCAGGGCGACCAGGGGCCGGGGACCAUUACAGUCUUGCGUGCUGGCCAAAGACAAUGCUCCCUGCACUGGACAGGGGGUGGGACCACACACUUGCUGUUCAUGGUCUUCUUUACCUUCAUCUACUUCCUGUGCCCCAUGCUAAUCAUUUUGGUGGUGUACUGCAACAUGUUCAAGGUGGCCCGCGUAGCCGCCAUGCAGCACGGCCCCCUGCCCACCUGGAUGGACACACCACGACAACGCUCCGAGUCCCUCAGUAGUCACUCCACCAUGGCAGCAAGCUUGGGUGGGGCUGGGGCCCGCACCACCCCUCAGAGGGCAUUUAGUGGAGGGAAAGCUGCAGUAGUACUGGUGGCAGUGGGUGGUCAGUUCCUUUGCUGCUGGCUGCCAUAUUUCUCCUUCCAUCUUUAUUCGGCCCUGGUGUCUACCUCUCCUGCCUCCCUGGCCCAGUUGGAGGAUGUGGUCACGUGGAUUGGCUAUUUUUGUUUCACCUCCAACCCCUUCUUCUAUGGCUGCCUGAACCGGCAGAUCCGCGAGGAGCUUGGGCGCCACCUGGCUUGCCUCUUCAAGCGAGCAGGACCAAGUGAGGGGGAGCAGCUGCCCAGCCGCGAGGCCUCCAUUGAGGAGAACUUUCUUCAGUUCCUCCAGGGCACUGGGUGCAAUCUGGAGCCCUGCAACUCUCACAGCAGAGCCAGCCCAGAGGCACCAGAGACUGAGAGCCCUCAGGACUUGGCUGUUCAACAGAACAUGCCAGCUGACUUCCAUAUCCCAGGGCAGAUCCUAGAGGAAACCUCAGAGUUCAUGGAGCAUCAACAACUGCACAAUGUGCUAAACCCAUCAGAAAACUGCUGCAGGACUGUGCCUGAGCUGUAG